AUGGCUACCGAAUCUAAGGACCCAAGCACAUUUACGUUCCAUCAUGACGACCUAGGUCCCAUGACCGGAGUCAUUACACCAAGCAACGUGGUCCAAUUCCGCGCAGUGCCAUAUGCUACUAUACCGGCUCGAUUCAAGCAGUCUGUUCUCGCUGAAACGCUCGCAGGCAAAGAUGACUUCACAAAACAUGGUUACGUAUGUCCGCAAGUGUUCAGUGAAAACGUAGUGGGAGGUGGAAAUUUCCCGGGCGAAAGCUUUCCAGCCGCAUCCGACGAAUUUCAAUGUGCCAUCCUCCAGCUUAACAUACCGCUCUCGUAUCUCAAAGAUCAGCCGCCUUCGUCCAAGCUUCCCGUGCUAGUGUACAUACAUGGCGGUGGCUUCGUGCUCGGAAAGAUCGAUGAGCAGCACAGCACAGCCCUAAUGGUUGAGCAAUCGAUUCUUGAUGAUCAGCCUGUCAUCUCAGCAAGUAUACAGUACCGGGUGGGAGCGCUCGGUUAUCUGCACACCCCGGAAUCUGGCAACGCGAAUCUCGCUUUGAAUGACCAGCGAAACGCGCUUCUUUGGAUUCAGAAAUUUGUCGCAGGAUUUGGAGGAGACAGCAAGAGAGUUACUGUGUUUGGAGAGUCUGCUGGCUCCAUAUCAAUAUGUAGCCACAUGCUGUCUGCACCUCCAUCGUCUGGUCCACUCUUCCAGAGAGCCAUCCUGUGUUCUGGUGUUCUUGGACCAACAACAGCACCGUUAUCGCUGGAGAACGCAAGCAAGACUUACAAGGACUUCUUGAAAAGAGUGGGAAUUGAAGAAGACGGAGAGGCCAGUCUUGAUUUACUACGCAAAGUGGAUGUGCAAAAGAUCGUUGACGCAACUUCUGAGUAUCGUGCGGAUGGCGGCAUGUGGCUGAUCGUCCAAGAUCCAGAAUGGUUUGGCGAUGCUGCUGGAUCGGUAACCUGGGAUCGCAUUCCUGAGUUGCUCAGCAAGUGCGACUGGGUCAAUGAAAUUAUUCUGGGAACUACAGGUUCUGAGGGCAUCACCCUCAUGCAGCAAAUAGUUCCCGUCAGCCCGGACGCAUUCCUCAGUGGCAUUGCAACUCAGUUAGGCGAGCAAAGCGCGGAGCUAGUCGGUAAGGUUUAUGGCGUCGCUCCAAAUACCGACCAGAACUUGUUCCUGACAGCGGGUGCGCGCUGGAUGGGCGAUGUUGUUUUCGAUGCGCCUACUCACCAGCUAGCACAAUACCUUACCCAGCAUACGAACAAGAAAGUUUACCGUUACGUUUUCGACGUCCGUAACCCCUUUCCUAUUAGUCCCUUUUGGCAACAAGCGCAUCAUUGGGUCGAUGUCUACUUCAUGUUCAAGACGUACCAAUUCCGCUACCCCACCCAAAGACUGAAGGAUAUCUCCACGCAACAUGCGCAAAAUUGGAUCAGUUUCGCAAACGGAAGUACACCAUGGAAGGAAUACAAGUACACUGGUGACGGAGAUGAAAUCGUGAUGGUGGCGGAUGAGAGGGAUGGCUGGGUAGAGAGGACCGUAGGACAGCAUGAGAAACUGGUGGAAAACACGUGGCGGAGGUGCGAAGCAUUGUACCAAAGCUGGGAUAGCAUGAGAGGCAAAGAGUUCUCACCAUUCGAUAUCGAUCCGAUGAAGAUGCAGGAAGUGAUUGCCACGCGAGACAUUGCGCGAUCCUGGGACAAGAGAGCGAUUGGCGAUUUCGCAGUAGGCAGACGAUCAAAGUUACAAAUUGAGGAUACAACAGGCCGGAAACUGGCGGUGGCGACCAAUGCAGUAGUGGUCAUCGAUGAAAGUGACAUGGACGGUGUCUGUCAGACGCUUGACGACAUUGAGUGGCUGGGUUACGCGGGCGUCCGUGACGCUACUACAACCUCUCUUCCUUCACGCAAUGCCUCGGAUGCUCCGCUACCGCCAUGGGAAGAGAUGGUCGAACUGCGUUAUGGCGUUGCACCAUCGUGCUGGGGCCAAGGGGUAGCUCGCGAAGCUGCGGAAGCAGUCAUGCAAUGGGCAGCCACUGAAAGAAGCGUGAAAAGAUUCAUUGCUGAGACAGAAAAGGAAAAUGCGAGAAGCGGAAGAGUGUUGGAGAAGAUGGGGUUCAAGAAGAGUGGUACUGAGUAUUGGAAGGAUGAGGAUGAGGUGGAGUGGGAGAGGGAUGCCUCGAGUCUUUGGUAG